AUGAACCUGUCUAUCGAUUAUACUCUAUGCAAUUUGGAUCACAAAACUAAUCCAUUUAGUUCGGUUGCCUCAGAUUAUGACUUUGGAACUUCCGUAGAUCGUGAUGCAGAGGCUCAUGCAUUUAUGUUGAACGCCUGCCAACAAACAAAUUGUAUUUCACAAUACUCGAAGCUAAACGGUCUGUAUCCCCAUUAUAUAUCAACACCAACUCCNNNUUCAUACGGUACUCCAAAUCCGGAAGAUAUUGAUUCGGGACAAUCGUUGGCCUAUCGUCCAGAAAUGACGUCAGUAAAACAAAUCAUUGGAGAUUAUGAUCGAUUUGGCCGACCCGCUCCUACAUGCCACGAAUCAUGGCAACUUCCUACGGACGAUUAUGUACCGCACCAGUUAUACACAGACUACGAGACCUUCACUUUGGGUGCAGGAGAGAAAACUAGUUGGGGAGCGUGCGCAUUUCGGCGGUUUGCUGCAUUUGUCCCCUCGGAUGUGUCCAACAGAACAAACGAUCCGUACAGUACAUUUUUGUCGCUGCCGUCAGAUUGUUCGGGCUAUACAGACUCUCAGACCACGGCUUCCUACAAUCUGCCGCCGCCACCACAACCACCGCCGCCACCACUACCACCGCAAUCACUGUCCAUAGCACAAACAAGACCGACGGAUGAAACACGUUUCGAUAGAGCAUCAUCUGUAUUAGUUCAGUCAGAUGCCGUGCGACAUACAAUGGUCGACCGAGAUUCACCCGAUAGAUUGCAUUUGCCUAUGUUAAACGCCAACUACAAUAUAGAGGCUCGGUUUACAGUAGAUUUGUCUCAACGUGAACGGGAUAUACGCGAUACUAGCUCAUCUGAUCGGACGCAUCGAAAGAACAGCGGGAAAUGUAUGGGUGCAUACAACUCUUCUCCUUUGGGACAAGGACCGGUGAAAUGGGAACCUGAGGGGCUGGCUGCUCAUCCAUUACAUUCGAACAGCCGUUCUGUGGAAUCCAAGUCCGAUGAGUCGACUGUAUGUUCCGUGGAGUUCACAUUGAAUUUACGCUCGUCUUCGGAAUCAUUAACAAACCAUGCGACGCAGCCAAAAGCUGCCCGGUUGAACCGAACAACAGGAAAACGUCAAAGCCAACCAACUGGAACGUCGUCGGAUCUCACGUCACCAACAAUGUAUGAUCGAAAUUCAUAUCUGGAACAAACAGAUAAGGUGGACGCAAACAACCGGAUUCUCUCUUUUCCUAACAAGGCAUUACGCCAGUUCAAAACAAGCUUCAAAUGUGAAAACCCAUUCCAGUCCGGUGUGUGCAACCGCUUCAAGAUGCCCACUGCCGUUCAAAUGGAUGCAGAUCAAACGUCAACAACCCAGGCCAAUUCAGACGGGUUUUUGAUAGGGAAUUGGAAUAGAUUGGUGCAAAAUAUAAAUAAACUGGCCUCCAAACUUAGUGUGGCCAAAUCCGCCCGGAAAACGCGCGAUUUACUUGUCUCUAAAGAAAUGCAGAAAAUGUUACAGCGAUUCAGUGAAGCCCAAGAACUGUUCCGAAAGGCAAUUCCGAAUAGCGCUGAUCAACUGGUAGCUCUUAUGUCUGAUCAUCCUUCCGAUUCGAUUGCCUCGGAAACUGGUGCCGCGGAUGCGAAAACCGGAAAAAGAAAGCUUAUCAUGAAGGUUGGUCCAGGUGACUCAACGUCACCUAUCGUUUCAGAUGAAGAUCUAUUGGAUGAGACGGAGCAGGCCGGAAUGCUCUGCCCAAGUGGGAGAAAGGCAGAUAUAAAGUUGAUUACUUCAGAUAUCGAGCAUUCUGAGAAAACACCAAGACGGUCCGCUAGACUAUCGAAGGCUGAGGUUAAAGCCAUGCGUAAAAGCGUCCUAGCCGACUUGUUCCAAUUACGAGAUGUUGAGUCAACGGCGACCAAGGAGGAGUUGGAAUCUGAUGCCUCAGCUGCCGAAUUUUUCUCACGGAAAUCGGGUAAAUUUUACGAAAUGGAGCAAAUUUCUUUGACCAGAAGAAGUCGAAGCACCGUAUCGACAAGUUUUCCAUCAUUUUCUUUCCGUUUUUCAAGUGGCGGGAACAUGGUCGGACCGUGUAAGUUCAAUGCCCUCCGGGUGAUUCUCAAGGGUCGGGCGCGGGCGGUGUUGGAUGCGGCGCGAAGAGGCCCGGAGAAGAUGAAGUGGGCCACCGCGAAGGACACUCUGAUCGCGGGUUUUGACACCCCGGCCGACCGCCAGAAAGCACUGCGGGCCUUCGGGACGACGCAGCUCGGAGAUGGCGUGGAUUUCCUGUCGCAGGCCGUGGCUCUGCGUGCUCUGUUUGAUCGAGCGCUGCCAACUUUGAACGACGCUGAUCUCUCAGAAUUAUUGCUGGAGCGUUUCAUGGAGUGUCUGCCGGACAAGCGGCGGGAAAUGACGCGAAUUNCGCGAAUUGUCCCAGCGGGGCGCGCCAUGGAUGUGUUCACCCUGGCUGAGACCGUGAGACAGUUACCCAUAAAUGAAGUUUUGCUCUCCAAUUUCCCGAAAAGUCAGCCGCUAGAGAAUGUUACGGAAGCCCCGCAAAAAGCUGAUAGAAGAGGAGCAGUGGAUCGCGGUGCAAUCCAGGCCCAAUUGGAUAUUGAGGGUCGAAAAGAGUCAUGCUGGGGUGGCAAUAUCUUUGGCGAGACCACAAGCAAAUGA